UUCCCUUCCCAAGCAUCGUUUAGUUUAGGCUCUAUGUGAUACAUGGGAAAGAGAACUUUUUGUCCGCGUUCUGGCAGCAGGGGUUUUAGCUAUGGAAAUAUUUAUAAUUUAUCUAUCGUUUGCUAUCAAAUUAUUUGUAUGAUUAUUCGCCGUCACGUGAAUCGCUUAUGAGAAUUGUAAGAGAUUCAUAGUUUUUAUAUAAAUAAAAAGCAAUGAAUGUACUAGGUUCAGUUUGUUUCAAAUGGGAGUUUGAUAUUUUAUUCCGGUCAGGAGACUGGAAUUAUUCUGAUUUAUUUUUUAUUGAAGGAAUAAACGAUGUUGCUUUUUCAAUUGCUAUUAGAUUAAAUAAACAGAAAAAUAUGGACGUCUGUGUGCAAAAAAAUAAUUUGAAACCAGCUAAGGCUGUCAUACAUAUAGCGAUCAAUGAAGAAAACGAAAAAAAAGAAAUUAAUGACUGGAAGUAUAAUUGCAUUUUUGAUAAUUAUUUACAGCAAUCUGAGCUGGAUAUUGAUUUUGACUCUUUUGAUGACUGUAAUCAUGAUUACUUUUUUCAUCCUGACGUAACUAUUGCUUGUACGAUUACUUGGUAUGGUUUUGUUGAAGGAGUUUCUGGAGGUAAUUUUUAUCAAGAAUUACAGCAGUUUCACAAAGCAACUGUAUUCAGUGAUGUCAUACUGUCAGUUGAUGGUGCCGAAUUGCCAGCACACAAGAUCAUUUUAUCAUCUCACAGCCCAGUACUUUUUGCGAUGCUCACAGCAGAUAUGAAAGAAAAGAAAGAGAGUCGAAUUGACAUUGAGAAUUUUGAGGUAGAUGUCAUCAAUGAAAUGUUGACAUAUUUUUACACUGGCGAAACAAAAGCUAGCGAAGAUGUUGAUACUGCAUUGAAGAUGCUUGAGCUGGCGAAUAUGUAUCAAAUAAAUAAGCUCAAAGAUAUUUGUGAGCAGACAUUGUUAAAUAAUAUCAAAGUCGAUAAUGUCUUGGUCAUUCUCGUUGCCGCUGAUGAUUUCAAUGCACAAAAGUUAGUUGACGAAUCAAUUAAAUUUAUGGUAAAUAACCGGAAGGAAAUUGUCAAACUUCCUGGAUUUAAAGAUUUAUUAAAGACAAAGACAGAGGUUAUGUAUAAUUUCAUUUGUGCUGGCUUUGAAACUCGGCAAUAAAUAUUUUUUGUAAAGCAAAUUUAUUUUUUAAAUAAAAUCUUGGUAAUUAUUUUUCAAAAGAAAAAUAUCUUC